AUGUCGAAUCAAGAGAGUUCUGAGGAGCAAGGAAUAAUUGGAACAGCUAUCGAGAAAACCUUGGAAAUCGGCAAGGCUGCAGGUGAAAAUCUCAUCGAGGCCGAUCGAAAAGCUUCUGAAAAGGUUAUUUUUAAUGCCCUUUUUGGAGAAUUUUUUUUUUAAAUUUACAUUUUAAUUGCAGUCAACAUUGAUUCAACUCUAUUCAGACUGACUUGGGAGGCGACAAAAUCUACAGAAAAUGGAACGAGAUCAAAAAAAAAUCAGCCGAAAAGUACGAUGACAUGAUGGAUCGCGAAAGAGCGACUUCAGAGGGAAUGGCAGAAUCCAAUCCCGAACGAAAUCUUGCACACAACGGUGACAAGCCACCAAAAGCUCUUCAAAAAAAUGAACAGGUCAGUUUGUUAUAUUCGCUACUUCUGUUUUCGGAUUUUCCACUGGGUUUUUUUAAAAUCGAAAAUCCGAGGUCUUUCGACCUUCGUACUCUCAAUUUCUCUUCGCAUAUAGUUCAGAUAUAUUGACAUUUUGGUAAUCUUGAGUCAGUAAGGUUUUAGAAUAAUUGUCUUAUUGGUUUUCACUGCCGCUGAAAAGAAUUAUGUUGGACUCAAAAUUAUGUAUUUAUUGAAUUUUUACAGAGUGUCAGUGAGAGUGGCCGACAAGAGGCUUUCAAUAACCGAAGAAGGACCCGUCGAGGGGGCAGGAAAAAUCGCAGGGUGGACGAUCGUCGCAAGAACCCCAGUCAACAGGAAAACCCUGACGUCUCCGAAGGAGCAGAAGAAGGAGUAAUGAUUCUACCAGCUUUGAAUAACGUUUCUCAGCCCAAGAACAACAACCGUCCUCGCAGUAACACAAACAGGCAGCGCACGUGCUCGGAAAAGACUAAAGACGGCUCAUUCGACGACGUGAAGGAAGAGGAGCGAGAACGAAACGCCCAGAAAAGGCGCAAUAGUCAGAAAAAACAUCGAAGCUCGGAGAGAUUUGGAAACGCGCCGCCGCAAGAAGGCGUCCCUGAAAAGGCGGCUAGAGCUGCACCAACCAAAAACGGCCGUCGCAGGAGAAACACGGAGAAUCCUCGUCGGAACAAUGGUUCUCCACAAACUGGUGAUGAUCGUCAGAAAAACAAUCGCCGCAGGAGGAACACCGUCAACGACCAGCCCGCGUCCGACAAGGCUGAGGGAAUGCCGCGGGUGUCAGAUGGCGUGCGGAUUUCGCCUAUCGAAAAAACAAACAAAAAGAAGCAACGUCGACGCAACGCAUCUGAAAACCAGAAUAACGUCAAAACCGAUGAAAAAAACAGUCAGCGUCGUGAGCUGAAAAAGCAGGAUGCAGAAGAAGCAGCUCAGAAAAGUUUCGUUUCUCAGCCAAACGAUGUCGUCAGUGGAAAAGCAGCACGAGAUGAGAACGACGAGUCUGGAAACGUCGUUUUUGCCUCGGCUCUGCUCGACGAUUUGAACCCGUCUACACACUUUCAUUUGGAUAUUUUUGAUAGUGUCCGUGACGCGACUAGAAAGAACGGGAUGAAGCAGAAAAAUGAGGAUGGCGAGAAGGUUGACGCUCGUAGUGCUAAGAAGUCAUGUCGUCAUCCGCGCGGUAGAAAAAUAGACGCUUGUUCGUCUCAGCAAAAGGUUUUCAAUCUAUUUUCAUCGAGACUUUAUUGAGAAAUGUUGUUUCAGAAGCACCAUGGCUUCAACCAAUUCAACCAGCAAAGCAACUUCAUCGCCGGCCACUGA